UUACGACCAACAUUCUGUUUAUAUUUCUGUUUAUGUUUCACUUUCAGCAUCAGGAAACAUGCAAGGCUACCAAACAGGCCACGAGCAUAGAGAUGUUUUUUGUUUUUUUAAAUCGAACUACCUCAGGCAUGACGUGCAGCUUCUCUGGUGACUGCACAGCUGCGGUCACAUAAACACUUAUCUCCUGCCUGUAAAUCAGUUUCACCCAGCAUUUCACGAAAUGGACACACACAUCAAAUCAAGUCAGAGAGGUGCACCUCUACACAGAUAAUCACAGGCGAGGGAUGUAUCUGCAGAUGACCCCGGAUGGGAGAGUGUCAGGAAGUGAUGCUCAGACCCUCAACAGCGUGCUGGAGCUGAAAUCAGUGAAAUCCGGCCAUGUUGCCAUCAAAGGACAGUCCACGUCUCUGUUUCUCUGUAUGGACAGCGAAGGCCAUCUGACGGGGCAGAGUCACUACAGCGAGGCUGACUGCACCUUCAGAGAGCUGCUCCUGGCAGACGGAUACACCCGUUUCCUCUCCUCGCACCACAGAUCUCCUGUGUCUCUGGCAUCAAAACACUCCCCGGACCGACACACAGUCCCCUUCACUCGAUUCCUACCGCUCAGGAAUACCUUGGCAGGGGAGAGUGUGUCCGAACAACCACACAACCCGAGAUAUUUUGACGUGGACUCUGAUGAUCCUCUUGGAAUGGGUCUAAAUGAUGUGGUCAGUCCUCAGCUCUCAGUGGACAAGUAACAAAUAUUAAUUGAACAGAUAUUUAACUGUAUGUGUUGCUUUUAAAAAAUGUGUUGAUUAUCGGCCAGGUAGAACCUGCAGACUUGAUGGCUCGUUAUUUUGCUUCUCAACAUGUUUCUGUGAGAGAGGCAUGAAUGUAACUUAUUUAUUUAUUAUGUAUUUUCUAUGGUUAUUUAAAAAUGUAAUAUUUUUUUGAUGACAGUGUCUGAGAUUUUAUUGUUAGUAAUUUAAGAGCAUCUUAGGUUCUCAGUAAGAAAUGGCCCAUGUUGCAACAUCCUUUGGAGUUUUCUGAGCCCAGCAGGGUUCUGUUCAUGCAACUCAGUUGUGUUUGUCAGGCUGGAGGGAAUGAAAAUA